UCUCACACUCGCUGUAAUGGAGUUGUUCAUCUUCAUAGUGUUUCAGCUCCUGAUGGAGGUUCAGUCUUACAAAUCUCCUACUGUAAAAGUAUCUCCAGAUGUCAUAAGAGAGUCCAGCUCAGUGAAGAUCAGCUGUGAGACUCCAGCAGAUGUUAGAGUGAAUCAGUGUUAUUUCAUCACAAACAGAGAAGAGAAGAAUCUAAAAGUCAGUUCAUCAUGUGAGCUCGAGCUCACUGGUGCUGAAGUGCUCAGAUGGGCAGGUGUAAAAUCACCUGUAUCAAUCUACAUUAACUGCUUCUACACAAUAAAUGAACGAGGCAUCAAUAAACCAACAUUUCAUUCUCCUCCCGCCACAGUGACGGUUCUAGAUGCACUUCAGAAACCCUUCAUCAGUGUUAGUGAUGAUGAUGUCCAGCUCUUUAUAUCAUGUGAAAUACCACUUUCAGUCAGAGCUGAUUUCAACUGUAGUCUCUACACUGAGGACGAUGUUCUUCUGUAUCAACAUGUCUCUCAGUGGAGUCAGUCUGGAAAGAAUCUUUGUAUGUUUUAUGUAAGUCGUAGUGAACUCUUCACACGAUCAGUGAACAGCAGACAGCUGAUCUGUGUUUAUUCACUCAAGACUGAACCUGAGAUCAGAUCACCACACAGUGACACAUACACCAUCAGAGGUGAGUUGUUACCACUGGUAUCAGUUUUAAUUAAAUGGGCAUAA